AUUUUGCUUCGUCUACGUCUAUUCAAGCCCAUUGAAUUGUCAUUCGACAGCGACUGGUAGUUGCAGUUGCGACUUUUCCUUUUACAAUGGCUUCAGCAAGCAUCUGCAGCUCAUGUUUGCGAUCCAUUCGCUCCACCAUCCGCUGUCAAACCUCGCGCUCGCUGACUGCGGGUGUCAUUCGAUCUCAUCUUCCAGUAUCCACGCAGACGGCGCGGCAGCACUCCACCAAAAGCCGACAGAAGCACCUCCCGAGCUCGCAAUAUCAUCAGAAACGACUUCAGACGUCCGCGGCCGAGCCUCCGCAAUACGUCAGUCCACCUGGACUCGCCUCCGUCCCGCUACCAGAUGCGCAAAGCCAGGUCGUGCUCCAGCCCGACAAUCUCUUCCAUCCCUUCUCCUCGUCCCCCUCGGCCGAUAUACGACGGCGGGCAGCCUUCAUCAAGCAGCAUGCAUAUUGUCCGCACCCAUCCCAUCGCCAGACAAGAGCUCCCGAAUCACCGUAUGACUCCGAAGCCCUCAAACCCGCGACGGGAGGAGUCCCGCCGGAACAUGUUCGUUACGAGUGUCCGGACUGUGGGAUUCCCGUCUAUUGCUGCGAAGACCAUUACGCCGAUGCCUACGAGGAACACUUGCAGGUUUGCGAUACACUAAGGGAAAUCAAUGAGGAUGACCACGAUCUGCGGUCGGGCAGGUUCUUCCAAGAGUUCGAGUAUCCGGGUCCUCAAAUGGAUGAAUCAUUGAUCAACUUCACGAAUUGGGAUACGUUCCUAUAUACCAGGGAUUUUUCGGCAAUCAACGAGGAGCGCAGCCUCCGGCAAGCCACUCGGUUGCUUACAUACCCCAUCACGGUUGGCAGCAUUCUUCACGAGCUGAGCCCGUAUGGAAUUCGGUCUGGUGGUCGGCUGACGGUAGAAGGACUGAAGAGCUUUAGCGCUCUGCGAUACAUGCUUCACCCUCCCAAGUCUGGUUCUGGACAAGAUAUCAAAGGUCUCCGUCCUACCGCACCUUCAAUCCGGCUAUUCAUUCUCGGGGCUCGUGCCGAGUCCUCACUACCAAGGGAGGUCUGGGCACAGAUCACCCACCUCUACCCACGAGCCUCUUUCCACCUGAUCUUCAUCGGCCCCGAGAGCAUGCUUAACCGAGAUGACGAAUUCCCUCUCCCUCCUCGCACCGCCUCGAAUCCGUUCGGCGCCAUCAUCGAAGACCGACCCGCACCGAAUCUCCGCAUCACGACCUAUGUUGAAUACUUCCACACCCUCCACAAGGCCGGUAUAUUUGGGCCGUUCGACCCGUACUUCGACGCAUUCGUUCUCUUCCACCCGGGCUUGGGACAUCCCGCGUCGGCCCACGAAUGGGAAGAGACGAUCCCCCAGCUCCUGGAGACCAAGGUCCCGGUGAUCGCGACGGGCUAUACCGAGUGGGAUAUGCGACGGGACUGGGAGUGGCUCACGCAGCGAAUGGGCGGUGAAGUGGACAUGCUGUUGGAGCCGGGAGAGAACCGGUUCAGGAGCUUGCGGUGGGAUUUGAAUGACGUGGAUCCCCAGGAUGUCAGCGCGGGGAAUUGGGGAACCUGGGCAUUCCGAGGGAAGCGAUACGAGGCGACCAGUAAAGAGUGAUCUACCUUUACAAAGGGUCCUCACGGAACGAUUUUUUGCUGUCAGGCAAGUGUAUAAAUGUACUUGUAUUUGUGAAGCUCCUUUUGUCUUGGAUUCAAGGGAAUUAUCAAGCGUCACUUUAAAAUCCCUCUUCUUUCCAUGACGAGCCAUCCACCUGAGCGUCCGUCCAUUC